CGCCCGCAUUGUAUUUCUUCCAUGAACUCUGCCGAAACGCACCCCCAUCGAACUGCAAACAUGGCCGAAACUUUCACCAGGUCUAAAUGUUCGCUCUCGGAAUAUCGUAGACACUCACCGGAAACGAAAUAGUCGUGUUUUCACAAUCCGUUCCGGUUCAUUUCUCGUCAUCCGGUACCGCAAAGUGCACGCGCUAUGCCUACAGCCGCGUCUUGGAGUCCCCCGUUGAACUUGUCAGACGCCGCCGCCCCGUCGUCAUGCCCGUGUCGAUCGCCCGCGUAAAUUCCUGAAAACAGAUAUCGCGCGGGUGUCCCCACCACCGCCGAUUCAUCAAGCGUUCGUUUUGCGCUCAAUAAUCCUUUCACCUAAAACAACUGGGACUCGAUGAAAUGGCUUUCAGCGUAUAGUUAAUAUAACUUGACAGUGUAUUAAAAAAUCGACAAAAUGUGGAAUAUGAUGUGUGACGUUAUGCCGACCAUCACUGAAGAUAAUAUUGGUGGUCAGCGGCAUCAAUUUUCUGGUGAAGAUGUUCGCAUCAAUGAAUUUAUGGACACUGUGGUCGAAGAACGCAACAAACUUUUGGAUACAUUGAGCAAGAGUCAAAUUAGGCUUGAUGAGACUGAAAAACAAUUGGCCGAAGUAGAAAGUGAAAGAAAUGCUCUUCAAAGACAAAUUGAUGCCACAUUUCCAAAGGAAAUUGCUGCAUUAAGAAAAGAACUAAGUCAAACACGUGACCAAUUAGCUGCAAGAGAUGAAGAAAUUGCCGAAUUAAAAGCUGAAAGAAGCAAUACAAGAUUGCUAUUAGAACAUUUGGAAAGUUUAGUAUCUAGACAUGAAAGGUCAAUACGAUCAACUGUCAUUAAAAGGCAGACAAAUCAAAAUCCACAAGCUUAUUCGGGUGUUUCCAGUGAAGUAGAAGUUUUAAAAGCACUUAAAAGUCUUUUUGAACAUCAUAAAGCUCUUGAUGAGAAAGUAAGGGAUAGAUUAAGGUAUGCUCUAGAAGCCAAUGCUAAACUUGAAGAGAAACUAGAAAGCACUAUGCAAGAGCUUGAUGUGUUAAAAUCUGGUGGUAAAACGGAAGAUGAUUCCAUUACCCAAGAAAAUGGAAGUUCUGAUAAUGUGGAUGGCUCUUGUUCUCAACCUCAUGCUAUAAAAAAUAGAACACUGAAUGGUCACAUUGAUGAAACUACUAAGUAUGCACAAGAUGAAAAACUAGUCAACACACACAUGGACAAUUGUCUUAAUAAUAGUAUUGAUCAAGAGAAUUCUGAGUAUGGCACUUGGAAAAUGAAUGAAUUAUCAAGUCGAGUUUCUGAAUUAGAGGAUUCACUCUCAAAAACACAGCGAGAACUUCAUAAAUCUCAAGAAAAUAGUAAUAAUUUACAUCAUGAAUUAAGAGAAAAUAUUUCUAUCAAAGAAGAACAGGAAGAACGGAUAAGUUCCUUGGAAAAAAAAUACAUGAAUUUACAACGUGAAUCUACCUCAUUGCAUGAUUUAAAUGAUAAAUUAGAGCAAGAACUUAGGCAUAAGGAAGCUCACUUAAAAUUACAAGAAGAAAAGACACGUGCAACUCAUGAAAAGUUAGAAUUAUGUGAACAGAAAUUGGCACAAUUUGCAACUCUACCUGAGAUUGAACAAGAAUUAAAACAGCGAAUGGAAGCCCUUACCCAGGUAAGGGCUCAGGCUCAAGAAAGACAUGGUACUGCUGAAGAUCGUAUUCAAAGAUUAGAAUCGCAGGUAGAAGAGAAAAAUGCUGAAGUAAUGAGAGUCAAUCAAAGACUAAAAAUGAAUGAAGAACAUAAUACAAGACUUUCAGCUACAGUUGACAAAUUAUUAUCAGAAUCUAAUGAACGACUUCAAGUACAUUUGAAAGAGCGCAUGCAUGCUUUAGAAGAGAAAAACAUGCUGACACAAGAACUAGAAAAGUGUCGUAAACUAGUCGAAGAAAUUCAAACAGAAAAGACUGAAUUAUUAAAAGAACUUGGAAAAGCGCGUAUGGAAAUUGAUAACAUUAAAAGGCAAAUGCUUCAACAGGAGAUCGCUUUUAAUAUUCAACAGACUGAUGCAUUAACAAGGAGUUUGUCUCCUGGUGGUCCUGAUCAAGGGAGUUUUGUACAAAGUUCUAGUCAACAUUCAAACUUUGAUACUCAUUCAUUAUCACGUAGAUCAAUGAAAACUAGAAUGUCUCCAAUGGAAUCAAACCAUGCAAAGGAAUGGGAAAAAUUACAACAAGCCCACGUCUUAGCUAAUGUACAGCAAGCAUUUGAUGCUUCUAGUGAUGUAGAUAUGGAUGGUGGUGAUGAUGAUCUAGAUGAUGAGCCAGGCAUGUAUUGUGAUACAGGCGAACCGCUAUCUCCUUCAGCAGCAGAUGCUCAGACAUUAGCUCUGAUGUUACAAGAACAACUAGAUGCAAUCAAUACAGAGAUAAGACUAAUUCAAGCUGAAAAACAAAAUACCGAAGCCCGAGCAGAAGAACUUGAAUCCAGAGUUGGUAGCAUGGAACAUGUUAACCUAUUAUCUAGAAAUCGUAAUUAUGAUCGACAGUCACCUCCUGCUAGUGGCCGGUCUACUCCUCAGAGAGAAUAUUUACAUAAAUAUCACUCUCUUCAGCUUAAUGAGGAAGAUGACAUGGGUAUUCCAUCAACACAAGAUAAUAACGGAGCAGCUAGUCCAUUAACAGCACGUUCAAUGCGAUUAGAGCGAGUGGCUCAAGCCUUAGCUCAUAGUCAAGAAGAACUGCGCAGGCGUGCUGGCAUCAAUACUGUUCCUUCUACAUUAAAUAUGAUAAAUUAUAACUCUUCAUCAUUAAGGGGUGCCAGUGGGUUUUCUACGCCUCCAUCACCGUUGUCCUCUCGUCACAGCAGUCAAGAUUCUUUGCACCAUGGUCCGACAUUGAUGGGUCAAACUGGUACUAGUCUGUCAAGUAUAUCCAGUGCAUUCAGUGUCUCUCAAAUGCAAUCAUACCAUCAUACAUUGCCCUCAUCUGCAUCUGUAGCAGCGCAAAAAAAAAAAGGAAUAAAGUCAUCUCUUGGACGAUUCUUUAGUAAAAAAGAAAAGCAAGGAAAAGGCAAAGAGGGCAUGGGUAUGUUGGGUCACAUGUCUUCUUCUGAUAUGUCACUGGCCAGUUCCUAUGCUGGAGAUGAUACUUCUAGUCUAUGUAGUGCAAGUUUAGGACAGAAAGGUGAUUUUGAUAGAAGAAAAAAGAAAAAGCAUGAAUUACUCGAAGAAGCAAUGAAAGCUGGAACUCCUUUUGCUUUAUGGAAUGGACCAACUAUAGUAGCUUGGUUAGAAUUAUGGGUUGGAAUGCCAGCAUGGUAUGUGGCAGCUUGCAGAGCUAAUGUUAAGUCUGGAGCUAUAAUGAGUGCUUUAUCGGAUACUGAAAUUCAAAGAGAGAUUGGAAUAAGCAAUCCAUUACAUCGCCUAAAGCUUAGAUUAGCCAUUCAGGAGAUGGUGUCUUUGACAAGUCCAUCAGCUCCAGCAAAAUCUCUUCGUUCAACAUUAGCUUUCGGUGAUAUGAAUCAUGAAUGGGUUGGAAACUAUUGGUUACCAUCAUUGGGAUUACCACAAUAUCGAUCUACAUUUAUGGAAUGUCUUGUUGAUGCUAGAAUGCUUGAUCAUCUGACAAAACGUGAUUUUAGAUCACAAUUAAAAAUGCUGGACGGUUUCCAUCGGUAA